CGUCCCUUGAGGCUUCCACGGAGCCUAAUCAAUUUGCCCCGAUCUAUUUGCGACAGCGGUUCGGAGCUUCAAUGUACGGGCUGUGUACUCCGUACCAUCUUCAGACUGCUCCGGGGUUGCUCUCAACACAGAAAUCGAGCGGAGAUGGCGCGAAGAAAUCUUCGUCAAGACCCGCCGUUCCUUUCAGCGGACCUGCUAUUGGUUCAACGGAUUCGCAGCGGAGAUCGGCACGGAGUCGAUCCUAUUGGUUUGCCAUUCUCAUUGCGCUCGGAUCCUCCCGCUCAACAAUCGACUCUCAAAUGCCAGUGUGCCAUCAACAUGGCUCGUCACGGUCGAUGAACCAUCCGUCCGCUGCUGAAUACCAUCAUAUCAAACCUCUGGAUGCUCACCGUGGCUGUAUCGGGCUACCAUGGCGCUUGCAUGCGUUUGCACCCACUGGCCACGACAACACUUUCCCCGUUCGGGCAAGGUGUCUGUCCCGGAUAAGCAUUCAGGAACCGUUCUCUGGGCGGACGCGCAAGCCGACAACCCGUCAAGCUUUGUGGCAACGCAUCGCCCCAUCCCUCCUGCGUAUGCGUGCAUCAUGACCAACCGCUAGUCAACACCCCGUCAUCCGGACCAACAGCUCCACUGCCUUCUCCAAUGAGAUGUUGACGCGGCCCAAACACAGGCAUCCUUCGCCCGUCAGUGGGCUGAGGAAGAAUUUAUAGCCAACCUGUAUAUUGCUG